UGCGCAGGCAGUAGCGGCCCGGCGGGAGGAGCUCGGGGAAGCGGCCCCUCUGCUGGCGGCGCCCGCCCUCCCGGCGCUCCGCGCCCCCCGGGAGACGGAAGUCAGAUGAAUUCAAAAGAGCGCUAAGGUGUGGUGGAGAACAAAGAAGCUGCAGUUGCUUUCCUGUUCAUUAGUUGGACAGGGCAUUAAGAUGUCCGUGGACAUGAACAGCCAGGGCUCUGACAGCAAUGAAGAGGAUUAUGACCCAAACUGUGAGGAGGAAGAAGAGGAUGAGGAUCCUGGGGAUAUUGAGGAUUAUUAUGUUGGGGUCGCUAGUGAUGUGGAGCAGCAGGGAGCAGAUGCCUUUGACCCAGAGGAAUAUCAGUUCACCUGCCUGACUUACAGGGAGUCGGAGAGCACUCUGAACGAGCGAAUGGCUAGCUUGGCCUCCACGUUAAAGGUCUGUCUGGAUCAUCAACCUAUCUUGAUGGGUGGCCGCACCUCACCAAAGCUUAAUGUCAUGGGUGGACUUUGCCAGUGUACGUUUCAGUCCCGCAUCCAGAUCGUUGAUGUAGAUGUUGAAAAGCACCGGUCCAAGUACCGAACCCUGGGAGACCCCACUGACAACUUCUGCCAGGUGUCUCAUGCAGUUGCAAAGCUUGUGCUAGUCAACUUCCACUGGCAGAUCUCGGAGAUCCUGGAAAGGCACAAGUCCAAUUCAGCCCAGUUGCUAGUGGAGGCACGAGUUCAGCCCACCUCAUCCAAACAUGCAAUGGUACAUUCCUCCCACCACUGUGCAGUGUGCAUGCAGUUUGUGCGCAAGGAGAACUUGCUCUCUCUGGCCUGUCAGCAUCAGUUCUGCCGCAGCUGCUGGGAGCAGCACUGUACAGUGCUUGUCAAGGAUGGCGUCGGAGUUGGGGUCUCCUGCAUGGCCCAGGACUGCCCGCUUCGAACACCAGAGGACUUCGUGUUUCCAUUGCUGCCUAGCGAGGAGCUUAAAGACAAGUACAGGCGCUACCUCUUCAGGGACUAUGUGGAGAGCCAUUACCAGCUGCAGCUGUGUCCCGGUGCCGACUGCCCCAUGGUCAUCCAAGUGCAGGAGCCCAAAGCCCGGCGAGUGCAGUGCAACCGAUGCAACGAGGUCUUCUGCUUCAAGUGUCGGCAGAUGUACCAUGCCCCUACAGACUGCGCCACCAUCCGGAAGUGGCUCACCAAGUGUGCGGACGACUCUGAAACUGCCAACUAUAUCAGUGCUCACACUAAAGAUUGUCCCAAGUGCAAUAUCUGUAUUGAAAAGAAUGGAGGCUGCAAUCACAUGCAAUGCUCCAAGUGCAAGCAUGACUUCUGCUGGAUGUGUCUGGGAGACUGGAAGACGCAUGGCAGCGAGUACUACGAAUGCAGUCGGUACAAAGAGAAUCCUGAUAUUGUAAACCAGAGUCAGCAAGCACAGGCCAGGGAGGCCCUUAAGAAGUACUUGUUCUAUUUUGAGAGGUGGGAGAACCACAAUAAAAGCCUGCAGCUAGAGGCACAGACAUACCAGCGCAUCCAGGAGAAGAUCCAGGAGAGGGUGAUGAACAACCUGGGAACGUGGAUAGACUGGCAGUACCUGCAGAACGCUGCCAAGCUGCUUGCAAAGUGUCGCUACACCCUGCAGUACACUUAUCCAUAUGCUUAUUACAUGGAGUCUGGCCCCAGGAAGAAGCUGUUUGAGUACCAGCAGGCGCAGCUGGAGGCAGAAAUUGAAAACCUCUCGUGGAAGGUGGAGCGAGCAGACAGCUAUGACCGAGGCGACUUGGAGAAUCAGAUGCACAUAGCAGAGCAGAGGAGGAGGACCCUGCUGAAAGACUUCCACGACACGUAAGGUGGGAGCAGAUGGCAGAGUGCAGGGGUGAGAGCGGCAAGCAACAUGACGGCGGCUUCCUCGUGAGACACGGGCACCGCCCCUGGGAAAACACAGCCAAGGACAGACCCACCCCGGCCCCUUGCAAAACAGACACGCAAACACCACCUCUUAGUCCGUUCCUGUUCUUAUCUCUGCGUUUUGUUUCUGCCAGGCUAGAGGGCAGAGGUCAGAAUGGCAUAGUUCACAGGACACUUUCCUCCCGCCCUGGUUGGUUUUGGAGGGAGGGAGUUUUUUCUGAAUGGCUGUUAAUAGUAUUAGAUCAUUACAACUUAUGUAAUUUUCAACGGUUGUACAAUUAUACAAACAAAGCUUAGAAUAACACACAACCCUUUUUAAAAAUAAAUUGGCAGUGGAGUGUU